GCUUAAAAUAAUCUUUUUAUACAUGGGGCCUCCUCGUGUAAAUUGUGACUUUAGAGUGAUAUCAGCAAUAUUUGUUACUUGCUUUACUGGUUUUAAUUCUACUAACACUGAAAAAUUGUUUUAUAGUUUGUUCCUCAUUCUAAAAUCGUACCCUUGGAGUUCCCGUGUGGCUCAGUGGGUAAGGAUCCAGGGUUGUCACUGCUGUGGUUCUGUUUACAUCUGUGGUGCAGGUUUGAUCCCUGGCCUGGAAGCUUCAUGCCUUGGGCAUGACCAAAAGGAAAGAAUCAAAUUGUAAUUGUAUUUGAUAUAUCACCCAGUCACCCUCAAAGUCAUGUUUGGCUAAACAGCUAAGGCAUUGGGUUCAGGGAGAAUUUAUUUGUAGUUUUCUUUUUCUUUUUCUUUUGGAGUGUCUUCCUGUUUGUCACUAGGCCUUCAUGGUAAAUUGCCUUCUGUAUAAGCGACUGUAGGUGUUAGUGCUCUGAGGGGCCCGUGUUGGACGCGAGGGCGGAGUAAAUGGUGAUAGACCACUUUCAGUAGGAAGCCCUGAUGAGUAUAGGAGUACAACUUUGUUAUCUGGGCUUGAGACAAUGUGUCUUGCUCUUGGUACAUGUGAGGGCUGGCCUAGCGAAUCACAGAGGAAACAUCAUUUGCAUUUUUUCCACUGACCUCUCCCUCGCAUUUUGGAGACUGCUACUGAGACUUUUGCAGGAAAAACCGUUUGUAGUAAGAAGCCUGUCACAUGUGAGGUGCCCCACAUCUUUCACAAUCUAUUUGUGUAAUUGCUGCAGUUUUCAGAUGCUUUUGAUUUCAAGCAGGACACUUUGGGCUGCAUGCUGAGCCGAAAUUGCAGCAGGAGUUCACUCUGCAUGAGUUACUUCUGUUGCCUCCUCUGGCUUAUUGCUCGUGGGCCUGGGAAAGCUCAGAUAAAAAUACUGGGAGGAAUGAGGCACAGGUAAUGCCUGAAAUAUAUUUCCGGUGGCUAAGUCAGCAACUGACCCAUGCUUAAAGAAUCUUUUUUUUUUUUUUUUUUUUAAAUUUCUGACAUAGUAGGGAUGGCUGAAUAUUAUGAAAUGUGCUUUGCGUUACAAACUGUUCACCUUCCUAAGUUCGCCUUAGUGGUGGGACAAUAGAAUGAAUAAUACUCAUUUGUGAUCACAUACAUCUUUCUCCCCCAACAACCCCGUUCUCUUCUCUCUUGCUAUAAUUUUGUCAGUUCUAAAACGUUAGGGAAAUGGAAUUAUAACAAUACGUGGCCUUCUGAGGUUGGCAUUUUUCCCUUGGAAGUAGCCGUCCAUCCAAGUUGUAUUCAGGAUGGCCCAUUCCUUUGUAUUGCUAAAUUGCAUAAGUAGUGCAGUAUGGAUGUACCAUGUUUUUUUAACCAUUCACCUAUUAUUGGUUGUUUCCAGUUGGGGGCUGUUACAGAUAAAGCCAUGAUGACCAUUUAUGUAUUAGAUGUUUGUGUGGACACAGUUUUAAGUUCUGGGUUAAGUGCCCAGAAAUGUUGAAUUGCUGAGUCUUGGAGCAAGGGUAUCUUUAGUCUCUUAAACAAACUACCACACUGUAUUCCCAAGAGUCUGUCCCACCAGCAAUGUGUGAGAUCCACUUUCUCUGCAUCCGUGCCGGCAUUUGGUGUUGUCCCCAUUUUUAGUUUUAACUUUUUUAAUAGGUAGCGUAUCUGGGUUUUAAGUUCCUCAGAUGUGCUUGUAAAACUGAUUUGACAAAGAGCAAAGAUUUGUGAGUUGUGGGUGUUUAGCCCUCCAUGUGGCUCUGUCUCCGGGCAGUGCUCAGGGGUCUAUUGACCUUCUUCUUUGUGUGUGAGGGGUGGGGGGGCAGGGAGGUGCCCCUACAGCAUGUGGAAGUUCCCAGGCCAGGGAUCGAACUCGCACCACAGUAGUGACCCAGGCCACAGCAGUGACAGCACUGAAUCCUUAACCUGCUGAGCCAUGAGGGAACUCCUGUUGACUUGUUUUUUUAAAUCCCCUGCUGUGGUGUCCUUGAGAGAGGGGAGUCUGACCAGGGCUAACCUUGGGGGAAGCAAGGACUGUGAGCCCAACACUCACCUUCCCCUUUGCCUGGUAGGACCUAGCACAGCCCUGUUUGUGGCUCGGUACUGCCAGUGAUGAUGAAGGAACGGUGUUGUCCCAACACCAGGAAUUCUGGUUAAUUCUCUGUAAAUUUGCUGCAAUGAAUGUAGCCUUGAAUGUUUUGAACAUUUGGCACAGAAUGGCCCUAACAAUGUGUUCAAGUAGUUUUGUUUCAUUUUAUUCGUCCACAUGAUCUUGGGUACUUUAUUUUUGGUAAUGCUAAUUAGCUCACACUGCACAUUAAAAAAAAAUGCUAAAAUAGCCAAAAGUGUAUGCGUAAAGCAGAAAGUAAGUGUCCAUCCCUACCACAAGUACCUACUAUUAAAUGGUUCUAGACUUUAACUAUAUGUGUUUUGUAUCUUGCUGUGUAUCUAUGUAUGUCUUGGGUGUGUAUUCCCCACCUGCUAUUUUGUACUGCCUCCCACCCCCGCUUUUUUUCCCAGUGCCUAAUAUAUUAUGGGCAUUUUCCCCUGUGAUUCUUCAAGUGCUGAAUACCUAUGACGAAGCUUUGGGUUCCUUUCUCUAACCUUUUUUGUUGUCUUGUAAAAGGGACAAGAGAAACCUUUGAAAGACCUGAACAAUAUGUAUUUUAUUCCUUAUUACAUGGGUUUGGCUUGAAAUCAGGUUGUGGCUUUAUUUGCAAGUACACCAGUAGAAUUCUGGGUGUUAGGGUCUAUCCACUUUAUUAUAAAUAAUGCAGGUCUGAUUUUAUAAUGUGAUCUCCUGCAGAACCUGGAGGGAAGCACAAACUGUGAGCACAGGAAUCUUUAGGGACGGCGUAGUCCUCUGGGUAUUUGUCUCUUCAUCAGCUGCUUAGUCAGAUGGAGUGUUUUCUUAAGUGCUUCUGAAAUGCACAGCCCAGUUUUUAUUUUGAAAUCAUUCCUUCCGUCUUCUCUCCCCUCUUCCAUUACUUUGAUUACCUUGAUGGGAUGUUCAAGCUGUGCAGUCUUGUCCUUUUAUUUCCAUAGCCUGGGAAGCCAGUUUGAAGAUUAACUUUAGGUGCACAGGGAAUCUGAUCUGCUUGGCUAGAAGUCACCCAUCAAGAUGAAACACGUGUCAACAAAGGCCCCACUAGACUUGGGCACCUGAAUGAAGAUUUUAUCAUGUGGGCAACCUGCUGCAACUGGUUCUGCCUGGAUGGACAGCCUGAGGAGGCCCCACCGCCCCAGGGAGCCAGGACGCAGGCCUAUUCCAACCCUGGGUACAGCUCCUUCCCCUCCCCGACGGGCUCGGAACCAAGCUGCAAGGCCUGUGGGGCCCACUUCGCCAGCAUGUCCAGGAAGCAGACCUGCUUGGACUGUAAGAAGAACUUCUGCACGACCUGUUCGAGCCAAGUGGGCACCGGGCCCCGCCUCUGCCUUCUCUGCCAGCGCUUCCGAGCCACAGCCUUCCAGCGGGAGGAGCUCAUGAAGAUGAAAGUGAAGGACCUGAGGGACUAUCUCAGCCUCCACGACAUCUCUACCGACAUGUGCCGGGAGAAGGAGGAGCUGGUGUUCUUGGUGCUUGGCCAGCAGCCCGUCAUCUCCCAGGAGGGCAGGACUCGCGCCCCCACCCUGGCCCCGGACUCCCCCGAGCAGCAGGCCUUCCUGAGCCAGCCUCACACCAGCACAGUAGCUCCUACCUCGCCCGGCCACCCGUCGGCACCUGUACAGGCCACCUCCGUCCCCCCGGCCCUGGCUCAGCCCCGGCAGCAGGCCAAUGGCCAUGUGUCUCAGGACCAAGAGGAACCCGGCUACCUGGAGAGCACAGCCAGACCCCCUGCCGAGGAUGAGACCCAGUCCAUCGACUCCGAGGACAGCUUCGUCCCAGGCCGGAGGGCCUCUCUGUCCGACCUGACUGACCUGGAGGACAUCGAAGGGCUCACCGUGCGGCAGCUCAAAGAGAUCCUGGCUCGCAACUUCGUCAACUACAAGGGCUGCUGUGAGAAGUGGGAGCUGAUGGAGAGGGUGACGCGGCUGUACAAGGAUCAGAAGGGACUCCAGCACCUGGUGUGUGGUGCCGAGGACCAAAACGGGGGAGCGGUGCCGUCCAGCCUGGAGGAGAACCUGUGUCGGAUCUGCAUGGACUCGCCCAUUGACUGUGUUCUGCUGGAGUGCGGCCACAUGGUGACCUGUACCAAGUGUGGCAAGCGCAUGAACGAGUGUCCCAUCUGCCGGCAGUACGUGAUCCGAGCCGUGCACGUCUUCCGAUCCUGAGGGCUUGUGCCAGCCUCUUCAGUGCCUUACGGGGACGGAGCUCGAAGUAUCUGAGCCCAGGCUUGGCCAGCUCGCAGAGGGGCAGGCUAACGAGAAAACCCGCCGUGUUCCCAAGACCAGGGCAAGCAGAGAUGCCGUGUCACCUCUGGGCACGCCUGUGUUGCUUCAGAGGUGGACCGCGUGGAUGGCAGAGCCUGAGGCCCACGGGAACUGGUACAGAUCGCAUGGGCAAGUCUCUGUGUCAAUGAUUUUGGGUGAUGAUGGUGACUGAUGAAGAGAGGACUUUCCAGAACUUGGACUAUACCUUCCUCCUUCUUCUGAGACCCUAAACAGUUUCACGCUUUCUCCUGUAGCCCGCCCAUCCCCCUGACCUGCUUGCCUCUGUUUCACCCAUCAGAAGUCCUGGUAGAAACGGCUUUCUUCCCAGCACAUCUGGAUUCAUGUCUGUCUCUGGUCUUCUGUGCUUUUAACCGCCCUUUGCUAAAGUCUCUGGCUAUAUUACCUAAAAUCCAUUUAUUUCUUCAGACCAAAAAGAUGUCAGCUUACCAGACCAACAAAUUCCUAGGACAGAAUUUGGACCGGUACACUUAUUUCUGGUGAGAAAUGAAACACAAAUGCUAUUGAAAAAUUUUUAAGUCUUUCAGGGUUGCUUCCUUAAGUGCUGGGAUUGGAAGCGAUCAGUCCAGGGAGCCAGCAAGGCAUCUGGCUCUCAAAAUGCUGGCAGAUUCCAGUCUGUGCAAAGAGGUGGCACCUGGGUCUUCUCUGCUUCGCCCUGGGGGCCUGGCUUUGUGCCAUCCUUUGUUUUAACUGGGGAGAAGAGGGAAAGCGUUGGGUGCAAGCAGUGGCUUUUUGCUUGGCGCUGACUUCUCCAACAGUCAGUCUUAAGCCCCUUUCCCCUGAGCAUGAAGUCCUUCUUUCCCCGGGUCUCACUGAAGGCAGAGAGCCUUACUCCUCUCUAGCCAGACUUCUCAGGAAGUUCCUGGAGACUAAGCAUGUAAGACAGAGCACCUAAGAGGUGCUAGAAGGUACUGAACCAGGCCGGCUUCGGCCCUUGAGCAGACAGCUGGAAGUCCUAGCUCCCCAGGUUGGUGGGAUCUCCCUACCCUCGUUUCCUUUCUCAGCCUACUGAUGUGGGGGCAGGUCAGGAAGCAUUCUCUGGGACCUUUAGGAGGGACCUUGUGACGAGUAGGUAACAUUCUUGAGCCCUCUCAGGGUCUUUUCACCACUGGAAGAGCUUAAGGACAGUUUGCUGGAGAAGCGUAGCCAAGCACACACACACACUCUUAUCAGAAGAGCUGUGCCUGCUGCCAUUCCAGCUGGAUGAACUAUGCAAACCAUGAACACCCGAGGGCCUUGGCAGUCAGCCCCACCCCAGCCCCCAGUGCAGCCACGAUUUCAGACUGGGAGAACCGACCAUGACUUUGGGGACCCUCGAAGGGGACCUGUGUCACGGUACACACAAACUUAAGGCUUUCUUUCCAUCGUCAAACGCUAACCCCCUUUGGGGGAAUGAAAUAAUUUCCUCAAGUGGUUGCCAGCUGAACACUGGGCCACUUAGCUGACAUUAUACCAAGUCCUGCAUGGUUUGAUUCUGGGCUGUGUGGCCUUUGUAGGAAAUUGGGGGGGGGAUCAAGGGAUUUCCCUGUGAAUGCAUUUUUCACCUUUCUGCUGGACAGUAAAUACUCUAGUUUACAGUGCCUACCAGUUUCACACAGGAUUCAGCUGCUCCCUUCGCUGUGAAACAGGUCUCCCCACGUUCAGCUCAGUUACAAACACGCAAUAACUUCAGGGCAGAAGCUGGCUUUGUCCCCUUACUUAAAACUUGCUUUCUCUGCUGAAGCCUUACCGCUCCCUACCACCUCCCAGUUUCCCUGAUGGUUGGUUUGUACUGAUGUCAUUUACUUAUUGUGGAGAAAGAACUUGCCUUGAAGUCUUCUAACCUCGUGGUGAAGGUUUCCAUUUAGGAAAAAAGGUGUCAACCCCCCUCUCCCCUUUGUAUCUUCUUUAUUAUACCAAAUAAAAGCUGGGAAUUCCAAGCUCCCAUUUCAGUUACUGUCAUCUAACCUAGGUAGAAAACUUGAUUUUUAUUCUUGACUGCUCUCUCAUGCCCCUCAUGGAUCCUUGGCCUUAUCAUGGAAACAUCUAAUUUUUCCAACUAUUCCAUGGCUUUUGCUGUGGUUGUUCUGAGAUUUCAGUUGAGACUUGUUUUAAAAGACCUGGAGCGCUGACUGGUUCAUAAUUCACUGGAAUAGCUGGAUCCAAAUGAGCGAGAAUAAGCUGUACAGGAAUGAGUGCUCAAUAUAUAUUGUAUAAAUUUGUUGAACUCUUUUGGAUGUGAAUGUUAUUUCAAGCAGCUUAUAUUAAGAUUUUCCCAGACUGACUUGGGUGAUAAGCAAAUCCAAAUGUGUAUUUUUUGUUACAGAGCUCUGCUUUAUAAUUUUGUAAUAAAGUUUCGAUAUAGA